UUCGAUUUCACAACAACUUCACCCACCCUAAUAUCUAUAAUAUUUUAUUCCCUUCUCAAUUUCAAUUACUAAAAUGGAUCUUUUUCCCCCAGGAGGUCUCUACCCUGCCUACGCCUCCUACAAAGCCGUCAGGAGCAAAAACGUUCGAGAAUAUGUGAAAUGGAUGAUGUACUGGAUAGUUUUGGCAGCCUUCAGUGCCAUAGAACAGUUGGCAGACCUCUGUCUGACCUGGUUACCAUUUUAUUACGAGGUCAAGAUUUUAUUGAUUUUAUGGCUACUGUCUCCAGCCACCAAUGGAAGUACUUUGAUUUACAAGAAGAUGAUACAUCCACUACUGUCGAGUAGGGAACAGGAAAUCGAUGAAGCCCUAUCAGUAGCUCGCGACAAGGGCUAUCGAGCAGUCUUGCAACUUGGCUCAAAGGCCACAAAUGCUAUUUUAAAUACAGCCAUCAAGAGUGGUAGCGAGUUGGCCCACGAGCUGCGCAAAACCCAAUCCUUAGGUGAUAUCAUGAACCAAUCCCAAAACCAGAAACAAAUAGAAACAGAUGAUGCCAAAGGUCUGUCAAAAGUCUCAAGACGUACAGGAUCUUUGUACCAAAAACCAGAAGGAUCCCAGAGGUCUUUAAGACCAAGACCCAAGACCAUAAGUGAUUGUCCACCAGAGUUUGCAAGAAAUUUGGUAAAAUCUGGAAUGGAUGGUGGAGGAGGAAUUAAUUCUGUAAGAUUUAUGCGAUCAUCUGAAGAUAUUUCAACGAAUUUAGAUUUUGUAGAGUCUCCAGGACCAAGGAUAAAGUCUAGGGCUCCUUUGCAUGGUAAAGGGUCUACUACUUCAUUAAAUGAGACCCUGGAACCACACCCAGACAGCACAAGACAUGCCAGGGAAUGUCCCACUUGUCCUCACAAUCUCCUAAUAUCGCGAUAUCCUAUGAAUAUCCUAUGA